UUCUUGUUUUUAUUGACAUCAAAAUGGCGACUGGUGGUGGCGAAUCCCCGGAACCGUGGUAUCUCGCACUUCUCGGUUUUGCUGAGCAUUUCCGUACAUCAAGUCCUCCAAAAAUAAGACUUUGUGUACACUGUCUACAAGCCGUUUUCCAAUUUAAACCCCCUGCAAGGAUUGAAGCAAGAACACAUCUUCAGCUCGGUUCCGUUCUCUACCAUCAUACGAAGAACACUGAGCUUGCUCGGAGUCACCUGGAGAAAGCGUGGUACAUAUCUCAACCAGUUGCACAAUUUGAAGAUGUCAAAUUUGAAGCUGCAAGUCUUCUCUCAGAACUGUACUGCCAACAGAAUCUGGUGGAUUCUGCGAAGCCCCUCCUGCGAAAAGCCAUCCAGAUCUCACAGCAGACACCAUACUGGCACUGCCGUUUGCUGUUUCAACUGGCCCAACUCCACACAUUGGAGAAAGACCUUGUGUCAGCAUGCGACCUACUGGGUGUUGGUGCAGAAUAUGCACGAGUGGUUGGAUCAGAAUACACCAGAGCCCUCUUUCUGCUGAGCAAAGGAAUGCUCUUGCUGAUGGAGCGCAAGCUGCAGGAGGUGCACCCUCUGCUCACGCUGUGUGGGCAGAUCGUAGAGAACUGGCAGGGAAACCCCAUACAGAAGGAGUCGCUGCGCGUGUUUUUCCUGGUGCUGCAAGUCACACAUUACCUAGAUGCCGGACAGGUGAAGAGUGUGAAGCCAUGCCUGAAACAGCUGCAGCAGUGUAUUCAGACCAUCUCUACACUUCACGAUGAUGAGAUCCUACCCAGCAACCCUGCUGACCUUUUCCACUGGUUGCCCAAGGAGCACAUGUGUGUGCUGGUCUACCUGGUUACAGUCAUGCAUUCCAUGCAGGCUGGGUAUCUGGAGAAAGCACAGAAAUACACAGACAAAGCCCUCAUGCAGCUGGAGAAACUGAAGAUGCUUGAUUCCAGCCCCAUCCUCUCCUCCUUCCAAGUGAUACUCUUGGAACACAUCAUCAUGUGUCGACUGGUCACUGGACACAAAGCAACGGCACUCCAAGAGAUCUCCCAGGUUUGCCAGCUAUGCCAACUCCCACGGUUAUUUUCCAACCAUGCCGCCCAGCUUCACACUCUACUUGGUCUGUACUGCAUCUCUGUGAAUUGCAUGGACAAUGCUGAGGCCCAGUUCAGUGCUGCUCUUCGGCUCACCACCCACCAGGAGCUGUGGACUUUCAUUGUGACUAAUUUGGCCAGUGUCUAUAUCCGGGAGGGGAACAGGCACCAGGAGCUCUACAGUCUCCUGGAAAGGAUCAAUCCAGACCACAACUUUCCUGUGAGCUCGCACUGUCUUCGAGCUGCCGCCUUUUACAUUCGAGGCCUCCUGUCCUUCUUCCAAGGGCGUUACAAUGAAGCCAAGCGGUUCCUGCGGGAGACUUUGAAGAUGUCAAAUGCGGAGGACCUAAACAGAUUGACUGCAUGUUCCCUGGUACUGCUGGGCCAUAUAUUUUAUGUACUUGGAAACCAUCGGGAAAGCAACAAUAUGGUGGUGCCAGCCAUGCAGUUGGCGAGUAAGAUCCCAGACAUGUCUGUUCAGCUGUGGUCUUCAGCGCUUCUCAAAGAUUUGAACAAGGCUUGUGGAAACACGAUAGAUGCACACGAGGCUGCUCAGAUGCACCAGAACUUUUCACAGCAGCUGCUGCAAGACCACAUUGCUGCCUGCAGCCUCCCUGAGCACAACCUCAUCAGUUGGACUGAUGGACCACCUCCUGUGCAGUUCCAAGCCCAGAAUGGACCCACCACCAGCCUUGCCAGCCUGCUGUAGUGAGUGUACAGGUGAUUCUAUGGAAGCACCGUGAGAAGCUCAACAGCCUCUGUUGGACUUCAUCUCUUCUUCCCGUGGACUUUGUCCAGUCUAUCCUCUUGUAGGACGUGGCCUCUCCAUGGACAGAUAAUGAACAGGGCAUCUGUCCUCUUAAAUAAUUUAUUUAUUCAUUCAUGUGUAUUUUUAUAAGUGUGAAGACUCUACAUCACCAAUUUCUUUCUGUCAGUAACCUAUUUUAAUGCAUGGAUACAGUGGCGUUUGGCUCUCACUUCAUUUAGAAGGUUUAGUAUCUCAAUUUUCCACUUUACCACAGAUUAACAAAAGACCACAAUACAACUAGAGCAGACUCUUAUGUAAUGACUUCUUUUUGGGAAUAUUUUAUCUUGAAGUGAAGUGGCAAAGGUUUUCUACAUAAGUGGGUGUCAAUUAUGGGGAGUGUAUAGCAAUACCGUUGUAGCGCUUUUUGAUGCACCUUUAGUUUCUACAGUACUGCAAAUUAGAUCAUCUAAUCAACAUUCUUACUUCCUACCUUUUAAAAUUUUUUUUUUUUCUUUUCCCAUUCAAACUUUUGAAAAUGCCUGCUUAAUCUAUUACAGAAAUGCAUGCAUUAUGCUGAAUUUUUUUUCUCCCUGAAGACUGUCCAUAGGACAUUUGAAUUUCUCUACCUCAAUUUUUACUCACUCUUUCUUAAUACAGUUCUUGUGUUGAAAAAAUUGAGGAAUACCCCCAGAUCUGGCUGUGUGACACAGUUCAACCCCUUACAUGUAAUAACUACAUUGAUUGUUUCAGCCAAUAUCCAUAUCAUGAUCGUUGGGCUUUUCAAAUAUGUGAAAUUUUAAAUACUUAAGCAGAAUGGGACUUUUGUGUUUCAAAAUAAAUUUUUAAACACGCCACUUUAAA